AGAGCAGCGCGAACGCUUCGCUCACUUCAAGUUUGGUGGUUUAACGUCGCCAAGCGCACCAGACUUGACUCAGCCUCAGAUCUUGGAGGUUGUCAUUGAGAUGGAUUCUCCUGCUCCUUCCCCUACUACUGCGACGUCAUCACACGAGAAGAGCUUAAAACCGCCUGCGUUGCAUCUUCACCCCUCUACUCCCUGCGUUCACUCACAUGAUAUCCCCUCGGAACCGGAACCGGAUCCAGCGUUCGUCCCGCUACCCCCUUCGCCUCUUACGUCCGUACCAGAAGCAGCUGACGUUGAUCCGGCUCUCAUACCUAUACCCCCCUCUCCUAUUUCGAAAGGCGUAGUGUUACCUGCUUUGUCUAUUGGACCGGCAUCAGAACCGGCCGCUUCAAGUUCAAUACCAACCGACAAGAUCGAAUCCCAGAAGCAGCUUUGUCCUCCCUCGCCAACCUUUUUGAGUGCGGCCACGCCUCCUGCGUCUCCUACUAUGUCCGCCGGGCAUAGUACAGAAGAAGGAUCGCUUGCACCGCCGUCGCGCAAGCGUUCACAUACUGUUCUUUCCCAUGAAUCCUCGGAUGAAUCUUCCAUUGCAACUCCUUCCAUCGAUGCCACUUCACAGGUGCUUACUAUCGUUACAACGAGCUCAGAAUCUCAUGCGAGUAAGCGGAGGUCUGCAGGGAAAGGUUGGGCCAAUGAUUUUCCGUCGCACGACAUUCCCGUGAUCGUAGAAAGCCCGAAGGAGGAAGUCUCCCCUUCCUUUUCAAAUAACGGGAAAUCCUCCGAUUCUCCUGUGGAACCGGAAAGUUCUUCGCUCCGGCGGGGACAGACUGCCCCUUCUCCGACAGAGUCUCGAAUUAAGGGACAACGUCGACGGUCGCUCAACCUUUUCAAGAAACUCGACAAGGCUCCGGGUUCUCGAUCUUUAACGACGAUUCGCCGGUCGGUAGUAGGAACUCUGGGAAGGAAGGAAAAAACCGACCUUCCUCCGUCACCUACCAUUCCCUCGCCUCUCCCUUCGCCGCCUCCUGUUGAACGUCGUGGCCUACGUGCAGUGCGGUCUUUGGGUUUCAACCGACAACUUUCGAUAGUGACUGGUGCAGAAGCUCCUACUUUAAGCCCUCGGCAACCUCUGAGUCCAACGAUACAUAACCCUGGUAGCAUACUCCUCGGAACGUGUGAAAUCGAGGACGAAGAGAGCAGACGGGUGACAGAACUCGCUUUUCUUGGAUAAUUAUCAACAUUCAUUUAUCGUUUUACUCAUCUUCGCGCUACCUUCUUCAGCAUCAUGACACUAAUGACCAUUCAUUUAUACCAUCAUUUGCAUCGUUUGUACAGCUACUCUUCGUUCUCGUUUGCUUUUUCGCAUUUAUUGUCAUUGGGUUCAUGUCGUUCUGUCUGUCGUCGACAUACUUUGUUAGUAUCUCAUGUGUUUUUACUUUAAUCAGAGACCUUUUUGGCGACUAAUCCCACCUCUUUAUUUCACUUGAUAUUUUUGACUAUGACACUACAUCAAGUCCAACACG